AUGGCUGUGAGGGUGUUGUUGGUUUAUUUUCGGCCGGCGUUACCUCUGGACCCGAGUGGCCUCCUGCUGGGAACCUGCCCUCCAUCCAGCAGCAGCGCCGGUAAUAACAUGGUGGUGUUUCAGUACGGCCUGCUGGACUGCCGCUUUAUGCGCAUGGUUACUGCCAACCUUACCAGUUACAUGAAUGUGCUGACCUACAAGCCCACCCAGGGUGGCUUCUACCAGACUCCCUUCAAUCAAGCUAUUGUGUGCACCUAUACCAGACCUGCUGGCUGGACUCCUCCAAUGUAUAACCCUGCACUUGGGGAUGCCUCUGGGUUUGGGAAGCUGGAGUUUACCAUGGGGAUUAUGAGUGAUGACUUCUCAGCCCCACGCACCUCCAGUCUAUUCUUCCUGGGUUCCCCCAUCAACAUCGCAGCUGCAGUGAAGCAGCAAUUCCACAUGCCACUGAUGGUCUACAUGGAAGCGUGUGUUGCUGCAAGCACUCCAGAGCUGAGCCCUUCAAGCCAGACCUACCCGCUCAUCACCAACCAUGGGUAGAUAUUAGCUGCAAGCUGUA